GAAGGCAGCGGCGGGGCCCGCGGCGGAUCCUGGAGCAUCCCAGCCCCACACCCAGGGCUGCGUCUCCACCAGGAUAACCCCAUCCCAAGGGCUCAUCCCUGCAUGGAUCCUGCUGCUGGAGCCUUCCCGAGUGCUGAUCCCGGCGGAUCCAGGUCUGGGAUGAGGACCUGGCUCUGUGUGUCGGGGCAGAGGGUGGAGGUCGUGCUCCCCUUCCUGGGCCAGUGCCGCCUGGAUGUGGGGCGCUGCUGCCAGACCUGCACCCCCAUGAGCUGGGAUAGAUUCUACUCCAAGCACCUCCUUUCCGGGGGCUUCUGUGACGUCAGCCGGGUGACGGAGAAGGACACGCGGUUCCGGGGCUGGCUGGUGCGCAGGGUCUGUGGGCUCCUCACUGUCUGCUCCUGGAGGAUCCCCAUUGACAUCCAUGGGGAGCUCCCGGCUCGGAUCUGCCGCAGUGCAAGGGUGCAGGAUGCUGCCCCCGCCUGUGAUCCCACAGGGAAUGAUGGAUGGAAGCAGAAGGUCCUGGAGCUCCUGGCUGACAUCCAGGCCCCUCUCUCCCUGCUUCUGCUGAGGAUUUGCCAUUGGGCUCUGCUGAAGCUCCUGAGCCGCCUGUUCUUGAGCGUGCAGCUGCACCGGGGGCAGCUGGAGACGGUGCUGCGGGCACAGGGCACGCCCCACGUGCCGCUGGUUUUCCUCUCCACGCACAAAUCCCAUCUGGAUGGACCUCUGCUCUCCUUCAUCCUCUGCUCCCGCGGGCUGGGGGUGCCCAGGGUGACGGUGGGUGCCCAGCCCUGCAGCCCUCGCCUCCGGUCCCUUCUGCGCCGCCUCGGAGGGGUGUUCCUGCCGGCAGGAAUGGAGCAGGCACAGAGCCAUGCGGAGGAUGCUCUGCCCGAGGCCGUGUUGGCUGCGUACAUGGAGGAGCUGCUGCGGAGCCAAGAGCCUCUGCUCAUCUUCCUGGAGGAGCCGGCGGUGCCACAGCUGCUCUCGGCCUCUGCCCGGCGCUGGUUGGCACUGGUGCUGAGCUCUGUGUGCGCCGGCACCGUCCCCGACGUCCUCCUCGUCCCCGUGGGCAUCGGCUACGACAUCAUCCCCGGUGGCUCCCAACCGUGCGGUGCUCAGCCCCUUGGCAUCGGUGCCUGCCUCUGGGCUGUGGUGCGGGCCCUGCGCCGGAACCUCGGCUGUGUCCGGGUGGAUUUUGGUCAGCCCUUCUCCUUGCAGGAGUUCAUGGCCAAAAGCCGUGGCAGAGCCACAGGGAACACAGAGGAGCUGCUGCUGCUGCCCAGCAUCCUUGGCACGUGGCCCAGCCAGCUGGAUGCCGGGAAUACCACGGAUGGGGCUCCUGGCUCCACAAAGGGCACCUGCUUGGAGACACCGGAGGAGAUGCUGGUGACCAACCUGGGCCUGCACUCCCUGAGCGACAGCAUCUCCUGCUCUGCCAUCAUGUCCGUGGGCAUCACUGCUGCGCUGCUGCUGCACUGGCACCGGGAGGGGGUCUUCCUCUCCCGGCUCCUGCAGGACUUUGCUUGGCUGCUGGAGGAGAUCCUGCUGCGCCAGAGGGACGUGGGCUUCUCGGGGCAGCUGCGGGUGCUGGUGCAGCACAGCCUCAUCCUGCUCGGGGACCGGCUCCGCCUGUACCACAUCCCUCCCCUCGGGGAUGUCCUGGUGAUCCCCGAGGCCUCGGCACACACCUGGAUGGAGCUGGGCCAGCACAGCGCGGACAUCCUGCCUGUGUUCGCCAGUGAGGCGGUGGGAGCCUGUGCCAUCCGAGCCCUGCUGGCAGAGAUGUUGCCCUUCCUGGAGCUCCCCCCCAGAGCCUCCAGCAUCAUCUUCAGCCAGGAUGAGCUGCAGCGCAAGACCCUGGAGCUGCUGCAGCUGCUGCCCCCAAACCUGCUGGGGCUGCGGCCCUGCCAGCCCCUGGGCUGCUGGAGUGAGGACAUCGUGGACAAGCUCAUCCUAUGUGGGCUGCUGGAGCCGGAGCAGCCGGACGGGGAGCACUGGGUCUGUGACACAGCCCCGAGGGGCUUCAACCAGCACCAGGCACAGGCAUGGAUGGACUUCAGUGACAGCGAGAGCCAGGAUGAGAGCCGCCCGUACCGCUGCUUUAAGCUCGGGGAGCCCCAGGGCUCUCCCCACCUCCUGCUCUUCCUCUGCCGGCUCCUCAGCCCCAUUCUGGGCACAUACACCAGAGCUGUGGCUUACCUGGGGCAGAGCCGCUGGCCCCAACCCGAGGCAGCCUAUGUGGAGGAGCUGCUCCUCUUCCUGACCAAGGAGGGCUCUGAACUCGCCAACAGGAGCCUGGCCCUGAGCUCUCUGCAGACCUUCAAGGAGAUGGGGGUGCUGGAGGAGGUGGGCUCCCUGCUCCACCUUGCCCAGCCCUUCCGCUCCAGCGCCAACCGGGACAGGCUGGAAGCCUUCAUCCAACAGUUCAUGCAGCCCUAGGAGCAUCCGGCUCCUGCUUUAUUGAGCCCCACACGGGUGAUCUAUGGGGCAGGGGGGGGGGAAGCAGCCGGACCAGGUCCCAUCUCCAUCCUCACACCACCUUGUUGCAGAUGAGCCCCAGCUCCUGGAUCUCGCAGCUCACCUCAUCUCCUCUCUGCAGGGCAGGGAGGCACUGGCACCCCCAG